AGUUGAUUCACCUACACAAAAAAUUAACGAUAAAAUAGACGAAGAGGUAACUUCUUCAACAAUGUAGUCAAAUAUAAAAGUCUCAUUCUUUACAGUUAUUUAAUGUGAGAAGACAAAUCAUACAAGUAAAUACACGCACUGCAGAAAAAAUGAAUGGCAUACUAAUUAUUCAGCACAGAGCCGUAGCCAGGAUAUAGACACUUCUGAAUUCGAUGAACUAUUUGAAAAGACAAAGCCAGUCGUCGUGAAAGAAAUGGUGAAACCCUUAACAGAUAAAGAAAACAAAAUAAUCGAUGAAGCACUAUCAAGGAAAAAAACCGGUACUGCUUCCCAAUUCAAAAAGGUGACAGUAGAUUAUAAAGAUAUCCAUCGACUCAAGCCAGAAACUUGGCUUAACGAUGAAAUUAUCAAUUUUUACUUUGAAUUGUUAUCCGAGCGUCAAACACGAGAAGGAUUCCCUUCAAUUCAUUGCUUCAGUAGUUUCUUCUGCUCAACGCUCAGGGAUCAAGGAUUUGCAAAAGUGAAACGAUGGACAAAACGAGUCGACAUAUUCGCUAAAGACUUAAUAUUUAUACCAAUCAAUCAAUCAUACCAUUGGACACUAGGCGUGAUCGACAUGAAAAGAAAAGCAGUGAUUGUAUACGAUUCAAUGGGUGGAAAUCAUGAUCAUUCAUUAGAACUAUUUAUGAACUACCUUCAACAAGAACAUUUGGAUAAGAAAAAGACUCCUUUGGAUACAUCUGAUUGGAAGUUAGAAACACCAAAAGAUAUUCCUCAACAGGGUAACAUGUCUGAUUGCGGCGCUUUUACUUGUACAUUUGCAGAACGUUUAUCCAGAAACGAACCCUUUAAUUUCAGUCAACGAGAUAUGGUACCGAUCCGUCGCAGAAUGGUGUUAGACAUUUUAAAUAAGACCUUAUAAACACCACCAUAAAUUACGCAACCUUUUUUCCCUCACCAAUAAAGAUGUCGCUGGGGUUUUUAUUUUUACCAUGACUACAAAUUAUUGCCUAGAUGCAUGAAAACUUCAGAUUAAUCCUUAAUUAUGGUGAUUUAUCCCCAAUCACGUAUCCCAUGUAGGAUUUUAUUAGGCUUUAAGAUAAUAAAGUAUCGAGGUUGCAACAUAAAACCGCUCACAUAAUCCAUGGACAAGUUGCUAUACCUUAUUGCUAAAGGAUACGAGAACAUUCCUUUUGGUUUAGUGAUUUAAAAACCCAGCAAAAACAGAGUCACUUUAUAGCUCGAGAAAAAAAAAAGCGCACCCUUCCCGAAAGACAAGCUGAGCUACGAGAGUGCAAGAUUUG